AUGUCUUUUUCCAUCAACCGUUUCUUGUGCUUAGUGUUCCUUUUAGUUGCGUUCUUUGAAAAGGUAGAUGCUGCUUUUCCCAGCCACACCGGGGAGGAGAUAACUUACACGUGCCAGAGUGGUUGGACCAAUCUUGGCUCAAAAUGUUACAAAGUGUUUGGUUCUGCACCCACUGUAAAGCAAAAUUGGAAGAGAGCAUCAUCUACAUGUCAAGGGUAUGGAUCCCGCCUCGUGGAGAUUAAGGACUAUGAUGUAAGAACUAAGGUGGGAAACUUUGUCAGUGACAAUGGUGUACAGAUGUUUUGGACAGGUUUAAACAGGUUGAGUAUACUAGAUUCAGAUAAAUAUGCAGCAAAAUGGAACAACAAAGCUGCUUCUUUAUAUGAGGGUUUAUGGAAUGUCGGAAAUCCACUGGUCUCUGCUGGGGACUGUACUUACAUCACCAAAGAUGGAAAAGAAUUCGCAGACAAUCUUGGAAAUUGUGACCAACAAAUGGCAUAUGUCUGUGAGAGGAUGUCUUGUCCAACAAAUACUUUCCACUGUUUGAAUGGAGGCUGUGUCAAUCAGAAAUGGAAGUGUGAUGGCUUUGACGACUGUGGAGACAACUCAGAUGAAGCAGAUUGUUUCAGCAAGUGCAUGUAUCAAAUUGAGGCAUCCUCUAGUACAAUACAGACACCAAACUACCCAGGUCUGUAUGCGCCGUACAGCUCCUGUAUGUGGACCAUUAUAGGAACGGAGGGGUGUAAUGUCUUCCUCAAGUUCAAUGCCUUUGACACUGAGAAGAACCAGGACGUUGUUGAUAUUUUGGUAGGAGGGAUGACAGAGAGAACCUCCAUGUACCGUGGCAGUCUAUCAGGCUCCGUGGCCACUGCUCAGUAUCGCAGCCACAACCGAUACAUGAUCGUGAGGUUCCGGUCUGAUAAGGAUGUACAGAGACAAGGAUUUAGUGCUAACUUCACAAGCUUUUGUGAUGGUCUGCCAGAGGUGAACGAAGUGAAGGCAGAAAGAUCUGUAAAAUCUUUGGUACCACCUCAGUUCUCCUCCGACAUCGGCACGUCAAGGCUCAGCAGCACAGACACAGUGUGGGUGGUCACUGCUGCUGAGAGGAGGAAGAUCAUCACUAUCAAGAGGGACAUAAUUGACCUGCGGAUGGGCGACACCCUGACAAUCCGAGAUGGAAACUCUGUUACUGGAGCAAUGCUGGCUAUGUAUACCCACAAAAACAAUGAUGGCGUCACAGAUUUGCCUGGAUCAGACUCCAUCACAGGUGGACCACAGUUUGUGUUCUCCACAGACCACCAGCUGUACAUUAUCCUCAGCACCAAGUAUGCUGUGUCAGGUGUAGGCUUCAGAUUCAGUAUCUGGCAAGGUUGUGAUGUCUCUAUGAACAGUGAAUAUGGUGAAGUAUUCUCACCCGGAUUUCUGUAUGGAUUGAACUAUGCAAACUUCCAGACAUGCACCUGGUCGAUUAGUUCACCAGUUGAUAAUCGAGGAGUGACGCUCUUCCUUGAAUCAGCAUCAGAAUUAGGCAGUGAUGAUUUUCUGGAGAUUUUUGUAGACAAGAAUGAUGAUAUGGGUACCAGUGUCCAUAACAUGACCACAAUGCCAAAAGGAUUUGGUAGUACCAACCUUCCUCUCAACACGCCUAUACAUUCUAGUAAUGGCCAACUGUUCAUCAGGUUCACUACCAAUGCCAUACGCUCAGCUAAGGGAUUCCUUGCACGCUUUUCUGUAGACUGUCCUAACCCUGACAUCGAGGAAAGCUACACCUCACUGUCAGGCUCUAAGAACUGGUGGUACAGAGACGUAGAGGAGGUCUCAUGUAAGACUGGAAACAGAUUUGUUGACCAGGAGUUCCAGGAUGGCUCUUCUUCACACUCAAUAAUGUGCCAGUUCAGAGGGAUGUGGAGCUUAGGAAACAUACCUCACUGUCAGCCUGUUUACUGUGGAAUGCCUUCAGCUAUAUCUAAUGGAUAUAUUGCUAAAAGUAAUGGUGUCACUUAUAACUCUUCUGCUACCUACCAAUGCUAUCCUGGCUUCACCUUAGUGGGCAGCGAGAUUGUCACAUGUACUUCAUCAGGCCAGUGGACUAAAUCACCAACCUGUCAAGGUGCAGUCUGUCCUUGGAGAAUAGCAUUUUCUUCUGGAACAGAAAAUGUCACCAGGGGUUCUGAUCGACAGUAUGGAACCAUUGUGUACUAUGAAUGUGAUCUUGGGUAUGAGAUUGUUGGUGAAGCAAUCAUCAUUUGUCAGUCAAACAGUCAGUGGUCAGCACAAGUUCCAACCUGUAAAAAACGUUCCUGUAUGAGCCCAGAAAUCAAGAACGCUGUUCUAGAUGCUUCAAGUGUGAUGGUUGGACAGCAAUUGACAGUAACUUGCAAGACUGGCUAUACAUUUGAAGAUAGAAACAUAAGAAAUGUAACAACGUGUUUACCAAGCCUAACAUUCUAUCCAGCCAUUGGACACUGUUUAAAUAUUAAUGAAUGUACUGGGAUAAAUGAAUGUACUCAGAAGUGUAUUGACAAUGAAGGUAGUUACACCUGUGGCUGUAAUGAUGGAUACAUGUUGGGCUCCGAUGGCGUCACUUGUUCAGACAUCAAUGAAUGUAAUGUUAACAAUGGAGGGUGUAGCCAGAAGUGCCAGGACAUUACAGGCGGUUACCUCUGUUCCUGUGAUCAGCCAGGAUAUGUUUUGUUCUCAAAAAACAACACCUCGGGCUACUUAAUUCCAAACACUGAGACUGGGCUCCUGUCUGAUGACAUUUACCACCUCAACCACACCUGCGUCCGUGUGGCAUGCAGUGCCCCACCCAUUAGAGCCAAUGCUCGGCUGAUGACCGGAAGGAUGAUCCAUCGAUAUGGAGACACAAUCGAGUACUUCUGUGACAUUGGCUAUAUGAUUAAUGGAAUAUCUAUGCUGACCUGUACCUCAAAUGGACAGUGGUCAUCUUCUUUCCCCACCUGUAUUGUGGCCACUUGUUCUCCUGCUAACCUGAAUGGAGUUGUAAAUGUACCCAACCUUAACAGCUCAUUGCAGCUGGAGUAUGGAGAGGUCCUGGAGAUGACAUGUACUAAUAACUUGCCAAGUGUUUACACAUCAACACGUCAAUGUCUAUACGACAUGACCAAUAAUGUCUAUUCGCUGAUUGGUGCUCCAUACGAAUGUCCAGUGAUAAACUGCGGUACCCCAGAUCCGGUGCCUGGCUCUGACUUCAUAGUGGGAAAUACUGUCUAUGGCAGUUCCUUUGCUUUCACCUGUUCAUCACUUCAAGUUCGUGAUGGCCGAAGUGCAAGUGGAGAUACAACUGUCAGAUGUCAAGCUGAUGGAAAAUGGGACUUUGGAAAUCUGCAGUGUGUCGGACAAACAUGUGAUGACCCUGGUAACAUACCUGGAGGGCAACAAAUUUCAACCAGUUAUGAGCAGAAUGCUGAAGUGAUGUUUGAGUGUCUACGAAGGGGGUAUGAACUCAACGGGAGGGGCAGCAUUAAGUGUGUCCUCAGUCAAGAUGGUAGUAGCCUGCAAUGGGAUGGCCCUCUACCUACCUGUGUUGACACACAGAAACCAGAGAAAGUGCGCUGCGUGUCUGCUCAGAGUGUCAACCCCUACCAAACAGUGAUCCUGGAUCAGCCAUUAUUUAAGGAUAACACUGGCCUGAAGUCUACCACCAUAAGCCCACGGUGGGGAAACUCAACAUUGGUGAUAAAAUCUUUUUCUGGUAGUCAGAAUGUUUUCUACACUGCUACAGACUUCAUAGGAAAUACAGAGACCUGUAGCAUCGUCGUGACAGUAAAUGAUACUGUAAAACCCAGCGUGACUUGCCCAGACUCCCGGACACUGCAUGUGACAAACACAACGUCAUCAUGGCAAGUGAAUAGCACAUUAAAGGCGGUCAAUGCUUCUGAUAAUGUAAAUGUGACCAAUGUUUUCAUCAACCCUCCCUACAUCACAGUCAGUGCCAGUAACCUUGGAAGUCACCUUGUCACAGUCAUCGUACGAGAUGCUGCUGGCAACAAUGCACAGUGCAACUUUGAUGUGGCUGUCAAAAUUGAUCCUUGUUCACCUUUGGCAUUGACUGACCCGUUAUAUGGAUAUAAAAAUUGUGUUGCGAUCACCAAUGGAUAUUCCUGUAACCUGACCUGUCAGUCUGGCUAUGUUUUCUACGAACAGAAAACUAGUGCUCAUACCAUGCAGUGUACUUCAGGCAGUUCAUGGAAUCCUUCAGCCGUGCCAGCUUGUGUCCCAGUGGGAAGUUCCAAUACAGCUGCUUACCAGUUGAACAUGAACGUUACUUACAAUGAAGUUACUGGAACUCCAACUUGUCUGGAGGAGUACCGAUCUUUUAUCAAUCGUACCAUUGAUGACCAGGUCAACAAUUUCAUCAUAUCGUGUCGUAAUAUCAACCCUAUUAACCCGAUCCGAUUCACCAUCCCGCACGAUCUGAUCCAGUUGACUACACAGAAUUCAAAGGUAUGUAACAAAUGUGUGAUCACCUUCCACCAAGGUCUGAUGUCUUGUCCUGAGGGAACCUACUAUAAUGCUGGAGAAUGUACUCUCUGUCCAGUCGGAACCUACAACCCCUUCAGUGGACAGUCCAAGUGUACAAAUUGUUCUAAUGGUCGUAGUUCUGAAUUCCCUGGCAGGACAAACAGUAACCAGUGCUCUGUCAAUAAGUGUCCACCUGGAUUUUUUUCAACGAAUGGUUUGCCGCCGUGCACUGAGUGUGGCAAGAACAGCUAUUCUGGGAUCACAGGAGCAACAAGCUGCACAUCCUGUGGACAAGAUAAACAAACAAUUGGUACAGGAGCAACAUUUGAGAGCGAUUGUAUACCUAAAUGUCCUAGUGGCUACUUCUCCUCAACUGGAUACGGGCCAGUGUGUCAACCAUGCCCUGCUAACUUCUACCAGGACCAGGAGGGUCAGAAAUCUUGUAUAGAAUGCCAAGGCAACCAAUUUACUGCUGGGAUGUCUUCGACCAAUGUUACUGACUGUCUCCCCACCAGUUACUAUGGCGUUACCUGUGACUCCAGGGUACGGCAUUGCUUGUCUUCACCCUGCUACCAUGAUUCUACUUGUAUUGAGGACGAAGAGAAUAACUCAUACAAAUGCAACUGUGUCCCAGGGUCCAGUGGAGACAAUUGUGAAAUUGACUUGCCUACAGAAUGUGACACCAACCCUUGUCAAAAUGGCGGCAAAUGUAAAAAUCUAUUGAACGGCUAUGAAUGCGUCUGUUCCACAGGAUUUUCUGGCAAAAAUUGUGAUAACCAGCAGGAUUUAUGUGCCACUGAUUCCUGUGGGCUGGGAGCUGCUAAUUGUACAACGUAUGAAAAUGUACGCAGAAAAUGUUUUUGUAAGAUAGGCUUUACCGGGGACCGCUGUGAUAACGAAAUAGAUUACUGUGCUUCCAACCCCUGUCUAAAUGAAGGAACGUGUUCUAAGUUGGUCAAUGGUUACCAGUGUAGAUGUGAUCAUAAUUUCUUUGGGUCAAGAUGUGAAGAACGACAAGACGUGUGUAAUAGCGUGCCAUGUGGCACAGGAGGAAUGUGUGUUCCUGACUACACUAGGAACACUUACAUUUGUGUCUGUAGUGAGGGAUACGCUUAUGGUGAAAUUUGCCAUUUCCAAGUGUACAAGGAUAAAAGUCCUAUUAAUAUAGGAGCAGGGGAGAUCAGUGUAGAACCCUCUAUACAGUCGUGUCAGGACCUUUGUAUUAAUAAAGGGUCGUGUGUGGCAGUGGGCUAUGACAAUUCGACAGGAAACCAUCAGUGUUUUGUAUACUUUCAAACCCCUGAUUUCGGUCUCCAGACAAAGCAAGAUUUCCUUUUCUUCACCAAGACCUGUCAACGACCUGACGACGAUUUCUAUACUCCCUGGUUUGAUUUAAAUGAUCCGAAUGGAGGCAAUGACAAUGAACGGCUCAGUGAGUUGGCGAUGUACGGUGUCAGAAUAUGUGCUGAAUCUACACCUCUCGAAGCAGAAUGUCGUGUGAACGGAACAACCAUUCUGUCUACUCAGACUGGUGACAACUUUGGGCUUCAGUGUGGUGUUGAGGGCUUGGAGUGUCAAGGUUCGACUGCCAAUCCAUGCAAUGAUUAUGAGGUUCGCUACAAAUGUGCUGCUCAUAAAGUAUUUCAUGGACAGACCUGUGAGAAGAAGGCAGACUACUGCUUGUCCAGUCCCUGUAUGUUCAAUAGUCUAUGCCAGAACACUUUGGGAGGAUUUGUAUGUAUCUGUCCGAGCGGCCUCUCAGGAUCCUUGUGUCAACAUAAUGAAGACAACUGUGUUGGCCACCAGUGUGUAAACGGUGGUGCAUGUAUAGAUGGCAUUGAUGCAUAUACAUGUAAUUGUACAUCAGGCUUUGAAGGUCCAAGAUGCCAGAACAACAUAAAUGACUGUUUGUCUAACCCAUGUGAUAACAGAGGCACACAAUUCAGUGGCUGUAAGGAUGGUAUCAAUGACUACACUUGUCCCUGUGAUGCUGGGUUUACUGGUAAAAACUGUUCUACUGACAUUGAUGACUGUGCCAGCCACCCGUGUCGCCAUGGUGGAAACUGCACUGAUGCUAUAAAUAACUACAGUUGUGCUUGUCCACCAGGCUGGACCGGAAAGAGUUGUGAAAUCAUUUUAGACCAAUGCAAUAAUGCUCCUUGUCAAAACGGAGCAUCCUGUUCACCACUUUUCAACAAUUUCUUUUGCACAUGUCCUGAGGGAACAUAUGGACAAACCUGUGAGUAUAGACCAAAACUUUGUGAGGAUAGCAACCCCUGUCUAAACAAUGGCACUUGUCAAGUCAAUGGAUCUUCUGCUAACUGUAUCUGUCCUCCCAGCUACGAUGGUGAAGGUUGCGAAUCCAUUGUUGAUCACUGUAAGGAUUCAGACAUGUGUAAGAAUGGUGGAAAAUGUGAGAACCUUUCUCCUGGCUUCAGAUGCACCUGCCAACCAGGAUAUGAAGGUGUGAACUGCCAGAUUAACACUAACGACUGUAUUGGGAACAGCUGUCCAGUUACUGCAAAUUGUGUGGAUAUGGUACAGGAACAUCACUGCCGAUGUCCUCUGUUUAAAACUGGAGAAAGCUGUAGUAAAGACCUGAGCACCGAUUACGACCUUUGCUUCUACUUACCUGACAAAACUGGCUAUGCAGCUCUGCCUUACCAUCAAGCUUAUUGGAGACUCUUUUUCACUCACCUUGUGGGUGCGCUUCUCCAAGGACCAAGGCACAGGCACUUUCCUCACAUUGUACUCCACGCCGUAAGUAUCAUAUCUGCAAACAGUUUACGUGAGCCUGAGAAAUUCUUGGAGAUGGAUGAAGUUGGAGUGACAAUCUAUGAAGAGGAACAGUCCCCAACCAUGACCGCUUUUGUUUUUGAGAAGAUCAAUAACAUGGAUUGGCAUCAGGUGUCAGUGACAUGGCACAAGGAAAGAGGACUUGAUCUUAUUGUUAACAGUAUACGUCACCAGACAACAAACAACGUGUAUGCAGGAAAGUCACUUGACAUGAAUGUCUGGGUUGUACUUGGUGGUAAGUUAGACACAUCCACCAGUGAACCUGUAGAAGACAGGACACCACCUGAACCACAGAACUGUCCAGGAGACAUCAUCGUACACAGCAACCCCAAACCUGCUGCUGUUUCUUGGACAGAGCCUAGCUUUAUAGGCUCUGCACCAACUGGAGGAAUCAAAUCUAACUUUAGAAAUGGAGAGACGUUCCCAUGGGGAAAAUACACAGUGACAUACGAAGCACGGGAUGAGAUGGACAAUGCUGCCUUCUGUACUUUUGACAUAUAUGUUCAGUAUGACAACUGUUCGAUACCUAACAAUCCAUUAAAUGGAAAUCAGAAUUGUGGCAACAAAUACAAUUCCUAUACCGGCUGUACCAUUAGCUGUGACAACGUUGACACACAUACAAUAGACAGAAAAACCCCUAACCUUUACACCUGUGGACUCCUGGGCAGCUGGAACCCUGCUGACCGCUACCAGGAGCUUAUAUAUCCCUCCUGUGGACAAAUCAUGGAGCCUGCCAAGAAAAAAUUACAGAUUACAUUGACCUACCCAUCCAUAACAACUGCCAAUUGUAAUGGUAUCAAAACCACCCUUGUCCAGAAAACCAUGGAGGUCAUUGAACAGAUCAACACUGCCUAUAGUGGAAAUGUGUGUAGCCAGUUAGGAUGUGCUGAUGUUACGAGUACUGUCACCUGUGCAUUUCCUGGCUUCACUCAACAAGCCAUUAGUGGGAUCGAAGUUAAAAUCGACAUCCCUACUGCUGAAGCCCAAUGGAGAAACAAAGACACAUCUGAAGUUAUGUCAGCUGAUGAUGUUAUAACAAGCUUUGUUUUGGAGUCCGACUAUUUUGAUUUUGGGUCGUUUAUUCCAGGAGCGGAGUUAGAUCCUAACGGAUUUUCCUUGAGUGUGGAGGAUACAUGUGCUGGGAACAAUACUAUCAUCAAUGGCCAAUGUGUUGGCUGCGGUCUUGGAAAUUAUUUUGAUACAGCCACCAGUACCUGUGUGGACUGUUCCAUUGGAGAGUUCCAGGAUGAGGUUGGUCAGCAGUCCUGUAAACCAUGUCCUGAUGGAACAUCCACCAAGUCAACAGGGGCAUCAUCUGGUACACAGUGUAAAGAAAGCUGUCCAGUUGGUAAAUACUUUGACACAAAUAAAAAUGGAUGUAUUGUAUGCAGCAUUGGGUUUUAUCAAAACCAAACAGGACAGUUCCAUUGUCUGCCUUGUGCCUCAGGACAGACCACCAGAGAAAAUGGUUCUGUUUCCAUGGAAGCAUGUAAAGAUGACUGCCCCUCUGGUAAGGAACUGCUGCCUACAGGCGGCUGUGUGGACUGUGCUACAGGCUCCUAUAGGACCCAAGGAGUGCAAAGUCUGUGUACUCUCUGUCAAUCUGGAUUUACAACAGAGAGAAACAUGUCCACCUCUUCAGCUGAUUGCAACCUUAUUGCUUGUAAUGCUGGAUAUAAAAGAGUAGGAACACAAAGUUGUGUGGAGUGUCCUGUAGGGACCUACCAACCAGAGAAGUGGCAGACAACUUGUCUCUCCUGUGGUGGUGAACGCUACCGCACUGACCAGAAAGGAUCUGUCAGUCAAACUCAGUGUAAAUUUUUCUGUGAGAGUGGUUUUGAGGUGAAGAACAACACCUGUGUAGCCUGUCCUAAAGGUUUCUACAAAGAUAACAGCCUGGAUGUGUAUGGUACCUGUAGGCCCUGUCCCAACAAUAAAUUCACACAAAGAAAUGCCUCUACCUCUGAGUCAGACUGUACCUUCUAUAAAUGUGACCCUGGGUUCAAAUCCAAUGACGCUGGUGACGACUGUAUCAUCUGUUCCAAAGGGACAUACCAGCAGUUCAGUAAUCAACAGUCCUGUGAAACUUGUCCAGCCGGCCAGAGUACACGCAAGGCUGGCUCCACAAGCCGUAGCCAGUGUGACAGUAAGCCAGAAUAUUUCUCCUCUCAUUUAUUAUGUUUGGAUAGGCAAACUAUGAUUCUAAAUGCUAAUCAACAAUGUGACUUUUCAGCUAAUAAACAGUGUGACUUUGCUGCUAAUAAACAGUGUGACUUUUCUGCUAAUAAACAGUGUGACUUUGCUGCUAAUAAACAGUGUGACUUUGCUGCUAAUCAACAGUGUGACUUUUCUGCUAAUCAACAGUGUGACUUUUCUGCUAAUAAACAGUGUGACUUUUCUGCUAAUCAACAGUGUGACUUUGCUGCUAAUAAACAGUGUGACUUUUCUGUUAAUAAACAGUGUGACUUUGCUGCUAAUAACAGUUGUGACUUUGCUGCUAAUAAACAGUGUGACUUUUCUGUUAAUAAACAGUGUGACUUUGCUGCUAAUAAACAGUGUGACUUUUCUGUUAAUAAACAGUGUGACUUUGCUGCUAAUAAACAGUGUGACUUUUCUGUUAAUAAACAGUGUGACUUUGCUGCUAAUAAACAGUGUGACUUUGCUGCUAAUCAACAGUGUGACUUUUCUGCUAAUAAACAGUGUGACUUUGCUGCUAAUAACACCUACUGUGAAACUGGUGAGGAGAAGAAAAGUGACGGCAGCUGUUCAGAAUGUGAUGUUGGCUUCUACAAGGAUAAUAGUAUAGAUCUGUUUAUGAACUGCACUGCCUGUCCUGAAAAUUAUGUUACUGCCAAUCCAAAAUCUGGCAAUGUCAGUUUAUGUAUCAUCCGUGACUGCCUUCCUGGUACCAAGAGGAACAACGAUGAUACAUCAUGUUUGAGCUGCCCUCUCGGAACUUUCCAGAAUCUGCCUCACCAGACAGUGUGUCGUGCCUGUCCCAAUACAGAGUCUACCCGCCAAGAGAACUCGACAGCUUCCUCAGCCUGUGAGAGUUACUGUCCAAGUGGUAAAGAAAAAUUGCCAGAUGGAACCUGCAGCGACUGUGACAUUGGAUAUUUUAAGGACAAUGAUGUUUAUAAAUUCUCUAUGUGUACAAUGUGUGGGAAUGCCAAAAUUACUGCUGGCAUGGCCACAGAAAAGGAGAGUGAUUGUACUGUUGCUAACUGUACAGCAGGUGAAAGGCGUGACACCAGUACCAAUACCUGUGUGGCAUGUCCCAAGGGAUAUUACCAGCCUGAGAAAUGGCAGACAUUUUGUACACAAUGUCCGUCACCAAAGACUACUGUGGAAACCAUGUCGACAAGUCUAACAGAUUGUAUUUUGCAAUGUCCAGCGGGCCAAGAGGAUGUCGGAGGCAUUUGUACAGAGUGUCCUAUAGGUUUCUUCAAAGCUGAAAAAGCUGCCGCACCCUGUACAAUGUGUCAGAAUAACAUGAUCACAGAAGGAAAUGGUUCAACUUCUGCCAGUGAAUGUAUAGUCCAUGGGUGUCUUCCUGGAUAUUACUUGAACAAGGCACUGAAUCCGCCGAGCUGUAGACAGUGUGGGUAUGAUACUUACCAGGACGAAAAGUGGCAGGACACAUGUAAACCCUGUUCUACUGGUAGAGUGACCCUGAGUACCAAAUCUACCCUGGCUUCCGACUGUGUCUUGGAUUGCGCCUCUGGUUCCGAAUACAAUUCUUCUAACAUGUUGUGUGUUUCUUGUGCACGUGGUUAUUAUCGAAACCGUUCAGACCGCUCACAAACUCAAUGUCAGAUGUGUCCCACAGGCUUCAUCACUGAGUCGACUGGUGCAACCUCCCAGACUAUGUGUAAUGUAU